UUAGAGAGUCUGGUGUCUUGUUAGGAAAAGCAUACUGGCUUUGCAGGCAGACAAGCGUGAGAGCUUGAAUCUUGAUUCUUUGGCUUAACUAGCCCGGUGAUAUUGGCAGGGCUCGCCAGCUUGCCUGAGUCUCGGCUUCUCCAUCUGUAAAGUGGAGAGCGAAAGGCCACUGCCUACCACGCAGGUGGCCCACGAUAGGAAGUGAGGCAUCGUCUUAUAUAUGCUGGAGCCACAUUGAGACCCAGCACAGAAGCUGAAAGUCCCCCAGAAAACAAACCUCCAUCCUUUAUUUGCAUUUUUCAAAGAAUGUGAAAAGGGGAAGCCGAUUCAAAACAGCUCUUCCCAAAAGUGACGCUACCCAGUUCUUGCACAACCCAUAGCUGCCAGAGAAAGUCUUGAAGAUCAGCCACCCUGAGAAACCUCACAGCUUUUCUGUCAUUCGAGGUCCUCUGCACCCGUUCUCUAAUGCUGUUCACUGAUUCAGACUUUCCAGUUAGGUGCCCCAGCUCCCCUCUCCGCUUCUCGGGUUUGAUCUUUCUCCACCCAUUCACCUGCUUCUGCAAAGGGGCUAAAGCCCAUUCUCCUUAGAGGGCAGGGGUGUGAUUAUCUGAUCAUCAAGGACAUCGGUUCCUAGCACGUGGCAGGUGUCCCCAGACUGCUACCUUCCUUUCCCACCCUCCUUCCCCUCCCGUCUCUGCUCAGUACCUGAACGGUAACGCUAGGAAUUAUGGUUCAGGGAGGCCUUGAUCUCCCCAUCAAUCCACUUUGUCCCUGGUUUGAUUCUCGUGAGCACCAUUAACUUUUCUGGAGGAAGGUGAGGUUUUAAGAACUGUUUAAAGGCCAGGCGUGGUGGAUCACGCCUGUAAUCACAGCAUUCUGGGAGGCCAAGGUGGGCAGAUCACCUAAGGUCAGGAGUUCAAGAUCAGCCUAGCCAACAUGGCAAAAUCCUGUCUCUACCAAAAAUCCAAAAAUUAGCUGGGCGUGGUGGUUCACACCUGUAAUUUCAGCUACUUGGGAGGCUGAGGCAGGAGAAUCACUUGAACCUGGGAGGCGGAGGUAGCGGUGAGCCGAGAUCACGCCACUGCACUCUAGCCUGGGCAACAGAGCGAGACUCCGUCUCAAAACAACAACAACACAAACUGUUUAAAUGAGACAGGGAGGGUGUUAGGGUGUCUGUGCCCAAAAUGAGAUCUGGUGUCAUUCAACCCUUUCUUCACUCAUUCGGCACACAGAUACUGAGCACCUGGAAAUGCACCAGUACAGAGCCAGUUGUUAGGACACCAAAAAGAUAAGGUAUAGGACCAACCUUGGGGAUCUCUAGUCUAGGGCCGCCAAGGAUUUUUAAGGCAAGAUCCCCUGGAGGGAGCUGAGGCAGUCCUAAGCCUGAAGGGCCUGGCUCAAGCUCCCCGGCAACCAUCAAGCGUCUUCCCCUUACCACCCUGUCCCUCAGCACAGCUGCUGACAUAAACCUACUACAUGGCUGAUUGACCAUGAGAUGUGGCCAUCAAUAGACAUUGCUGAGGCGUGAAGAGCAGGUGAAGAGCAGGUGGCCAGGAAGCUGGGGGACCAGGACUCCAGACGCAGGCUGCCUUCCACAACCCCAGCUCUCACAGUCUUCCCAGGGUCCAGACAAUGGAUCGUGCAUUUAGGUUCCCAAACACCUGCUGUGCAACGUGUAGUAGGCAAAGCAGGCCAAAGCAUUUGCCCUCAGGAGGCCGGCAUUCUAGCUCGGGAGCCAGCCAAGACAAUGUCGCACUGAAGAAAGACAACAAAAGUGAGAUUCGCAGGAGGGAUCAGUGUGGCUGAGGCACCCAGGAAGGCCCUCGGAGAAGGUGCCCUUGGGCAAAGAUCCAGACGCCAGGUGGGUGGGGCCAAAGCAGAGAAGAUCUGGAAAACCCAACGGCUCCCUGGGGCUUCACUCUUGCUGUAGGAGGGGAAACUGCACUGCUGUGGAUUCUUCCUCUGUUCUGUCUGUUUCUCGGUUCCCAACAACACACUGAACAGUAGGAGGCCAGUUCUCCGCUCACAGCGGGUGCUGCACCCCAGAUGCGGCUCUCGAGAAAAAAGCGAGCACGGACCAAUUUAGUGGCUCUGAGGUAUGAAAAGCAGUGAGACAGUGUCUUUGAGGGAGUUAGUGAUAGGCUGAGACCCCCUUGCUGUCCCCCCUGAAGCCUGGUGACCAGAGCUGCCAGGAGGCCACACAGAGAGAGGUUUAUGAUGGGGGACCUGGAAUUCGGAAGGGGCAGAGUGGUCAGGUGACCCACACAUGCCUGAGAAAACUGAUGUGGAAAGGCUGUGUUGUCAUUCUGAGGCAGGAAACAGAGACAGACCGACAGACAGACAGACACGGGCACAGUGAGAGACAGAGACAGAAUCACAGAGCAGAGCUGGCUUCUCACCAGCAGGCGUGGGCACACCUGAGAGAGCGUCUAGAGAGGUUAGAAAUCUUCCUUAGGUCCUCCUGGAAGGCUCAGGUGACCCCACUGGGAAACACGAAAGGCUGGGAGGAUUCCCAGGGCUGAGAGAAGGAAGCUACGCAGCCGGCCGGUGCCACAUUCCCUGUGCCUCGGGGAGUGCCCCCCAGUGUCCCCAGCCAUGCACCCGGGGGGAGUCGGCUUGGACAUCUGUGCCACCCCUUGACAGGCAGAGUGGGGGCCACAAGCUGGGUCCUCCAGUGCCAGUCAGCAGAGGCUGACCCCGUUCCUUGCCUUCCUCCUCCUGCUCCUUCCUCCAGCCCUGGGAAGGUCGGAAGCCACCACCAUGGAGCUAGAGGGGAAGCAGAGGCAGAACAGGGGGGCCCCUCCUCGCAAAAACUAAAACAAGCCCACAGCCUAUGCAGAACCGCACCUGGGUGUGAUCACUCCUUACCCCACACACCCACUGCCACUUGGAGAUGGUUUGGUGGCUGCGGUCACAGGGCACCCUGUGUUGUCAGGGGUGAGCCAGCGAGGCCCGGGGCCUGCCCAGGGGUGAGGGUGGAAAAAACCUGGCCCCAGCACAGGUGUGAACAGGCAGGAGUGUUGGGGAGGGAAUAGCGCUGGGUUGUGGCCAAGUCCCUGAGCCCUGCUCUUGAGAGGCACUGGCUACACACCUGGCCCCUAUCCAGAUAGGACCCCUAUUCCUCCCUGGCCCCUCUGUGUUCCUGCAUCUUCCCAGCCCCUCACCUCCUCUGGUGUGGCCUCACCUCCAGCCGGGAUGCCCCAUUAGCUGCUCAUCCAAGCUGCUAGAACCUCAGGCUAAUGGCCCUGUCACCUGCCCUCCUCCCCUUCCGGCUCACUGCCCAUCCCGGGCAUCCUCCGUCAGCCCGCUGAGGGGACUGCUGAGCCUCAGAGACAUCUGGCAGCACCGGAGGCGAAUUGUAAUCCUCCACACAGGGCUGGAACCCGCGAGUGAUCCCAGAAGCCCCUCCUCUCCGGGGCCCCAAGAUCUGAGGACAGGGAGCCAGUUGCACACAGGAGCCGUGCAGGCCAGGACGGCGGCCCCAUGGACCUGCCCCUGCAGCUCUCCUUCGGCCUCUAUGUGGCCGCCUUUGCGCUGGGCUUCCCGCUCAACGUCUUGGCCAUCCGAGGCGCGACGGCCCACGCCCGGCUCCGUCUCACCCCUAGCCUGGUCUAUGCCCUGAACCUGGGCUGCUCCGACCUGCUGCUGACAGUCUCCCUGCCCCUGAAGGCGGUGGAGGCUCUUGCCUCGGGGGCCUGGCCUCUGCCGGCCUCGCUGUGCCCCGUCUUCGCAGUGGCUCACUUCUCUCCACUCUAUGCCGGCGGGGGCUUCCUGGCCGCCCUGAGUGCAGGCCGCUACCUGGGAGCAGCCUUCCCCUUGGGCUACCAAGCCUUCCGGAGGCCGUGCUAUUCCUGGGGGGUGUGCGCGGCCAUCUGGGCCCUCGUCCUGUGUCACCUGGGUCUGGUCUUUGGGUUGGAGGCUCCGGGAGGCUGGCUGGACCCCAGCAACACCUCCCUGGGCAUCAACACACCGGUCAACGGCUCUCCGGUCUGCCUGGAGGCCUGGGACCCGGCCUCUGCCGGCCCGGCCCGCUUCAGCCUCUCUCUCCUGCUCUUUUUUCUGCCCUUGGCCAUCACAGCCUUCUGCUACGUGGGCUGCCUCCGGGCACUGGCCCACUCUGGCCUGACGCAUAGGCGGAAGCUGAGGGCCGCCUGGGUGGCCGGCGGGGCCCUCCUUACGCUGCUGCUCUGCGUAGGACCCUACAACGCCUCCAACGUGGCCAGCUUCCUGUACCCCAAUCUGGGAGGCUCCUGGCGGAAGCUGGGGCUCAUCACGGGUGCCUGGAGUGUGGUGCUUAAUCCGCUGGUGACCGGUUACUUGGGAAGGGGUCCUGGCCUGAAGACAGCGUGUGCGGCAAGAACGCAAGUGGGCAAGUCCCAGAAGUAACGCCACCGCUCGGGGGAAGGAGCAUGGGGCAGGAGGGCCCGGCUGCUUCUCCAGGCCCCUGCGGGGGGCUGCUUCGGAGGAACUGCAGGGCAGCCUGGCCCGGAGGCCUCCCUGGAGCCACUCAAGCGGAGAGUGGUGCCUGCCGAGGGCAGCACCCCAGUCAAGAGAGGAGCACGGAGCCAGAGCAAGGUGGCAGGGGGAGGUAAGUUUGCCACCGCAAGGUCGGCCCCCUUCCUCGCCUGUCUUUCUCUCCACUCUGCACGUCCUCACCUGCCUGUCUUCAGUGGGCCGCGAGCAGAGGCCUUGUACUUAGGGGAAGGAGGAGGCAGUCUGUUUCUGACCCACAGGAACUGCCACUCCGGUGAUGCACUUGAGGACACGCUACUCUGAAAUCAGUUCCCAGGAGAGAACAUUUGAUUUCCGAGUAGGAGAGGAGGCAGGAGGCAGGAUAAUGACGCUGUUAUACCAUGUGAAACUCGCAAGGGGGCAGCCUUGGAGCUUGGAACGGAGGCUGGCAGGAAAAGAUGCUUCAGCCGGGGAGGGAAAAUGCAAGGUCCCGAAGUGAUGGGCAAAGGCCACCCAGUUGACUCUUGAACAACGUGGGGAUGGGGUGCCGAACCCCCACGCAGUGGAAAAUCUGUGCAUGACUUUGACUCCCCCAAAGUUCAACUACUAAUAGCCUACUGUUGACCAAAAUCUUUACCCAGUAUAUAAACAAUUGAGUAAGACAUAUUUGAAGCCAGGCAGAGUGGCUUAUGCCUGUAAUCCCAGCACUUUAGGAGGCCGAGGCGGGAAGACUGCUUGAAGCCAGGAGUUCAAGACCAGCCUGGGCAACAUAGUGAGACCCCACCUCUACAAAUAAUAAAAAUAAAAAUAAUUAGCUGGGCGUGGUGGUGUGUGCCUGUAGUCCCAGCUACUGAGGAGUCUGAGGUGGGAGGAUCGCUUGAGCCCAGGAUCGAGGCUGCAAUGCCAUGAUUGCACCACUGCACUCCAGCCUGGGUGACAGAGCAAGAUCCUGUCUCUGGAAAAAAAAGAAAAAAGACAUAUUUUGUAUGUUAUAUGUAUUAUAUGCUGGAUUCUUACAAUAAAGUCAGCUAGAGAAAAGUA